ACUUAAAAUGACGCGCGAGAUUUUCAACGAACGAAAAAUAAUAGGGAAGAAACCAUUGUUCAACAACGCUCCUUUUAAAUGUUAAUAUUGUAGUAAUAAUAAAUAUUAAAUGGCAUGGAAUUCAUUUGCGUAAGUUUGGCGCUUAAUCCAAGUCAGCUGAUGGCGGAACAGCAUUGCCAUGCUCGCAGAUAAUGAGGGUGGAAAAGGAAAAGUCCUGAACAGCUGACAGAAAGCCGCAGACACUGCUGCAACUAAAAUGGAGGAACGCGCGGUUUUAGCUAAUAUAGCCACAAUCAUUACAAAGGACCUACUCAUCGAUGAGCCGCCCAGGCACUCCACCUUCACCAGCGGUAACUUCUCUUUAAGUUUACAGCUGCUCGAAGGCAGCGAUGAUGAUGAGGCGGAGAUUUUUGCACUGAUGCAGCGGAAACGUGCGGUGUCAAAUGUCGGAAAGGGAAAAGAAGAACUGAAACGAAAACAAGUCGAGCAGACUACAGAGGAACUGAAGAUAAAGAAGACUUCCAAAAUGGAGUGGAAAUACACGGAACUCAGUUUGCUGCAUCGUUAUGUGGACUCGCAGUUCGAAUCGUAUUUGCAUAUGCGCAAGCUGACAUUUCUAAAAAUACAACAGGAACUCGAGGAGAUUCUGCGGAGGCAUGUGCUCCCGGGAGCACCUACUCCACAGACAACUCUAUCGCUGGCACUGUGGAAACUGUCAACGGAUGAACAUUUCGAGGAAAUUUCGCGCAAAUUUCAGUUGCCAUGGUCUCUUUGCCAGCAGGUAGUGCGUAGUUUCUGGCACAUAAUCUCGGACAACUAUGAAAGUUUCAUCAAAUGGCCCAAUUCUUUGGAGGCACAGCAAUGCACGUUGCAAGGAUUCCAAGGUGUUCCACAGCUCAGCUGCUUUCAGGAGCUUUUCGGUAUUAUAGCCUUGAAACGAGUGGACAUCUUUAUGGAGAGUGAACACGCCGAGGUAGCAGUUGUCCUGCAGCUAAUCUGCAAUGCAGAAAACAAGAUUAUCGACUGCUAUGUUGAACUGGAGCAGGAUUACACUUUUGAGGAGUCGCCCAUAGGACAAACUCUGGCACUCAACCCACGUACAAUGCCAGCAGGUAGUUACCUCAUUGGCAGCACAAGUUUCCCUCUCAAAUCCUACUUAAUACGUCCCAUUGAAACGGAAUGCUUUCGCAAGGACACCGUAUUUAACGGUCUGUUAAAGCCAGCAUUUGAAUUGGCUGACAAUGUUGUCGACACUUUAGCACGGCGAUUUCACACUCUUUAUGCACUGGAGGCACGUGAUCUGAAUGAAGUGCGACUCAUUGUGGAAAGUAUUUGUGCCAUGCACAAUCUGUGCAUUGAUUUCCAGGAUAACUACUUGGAGACGGACGUUGGCGGGCAACAAAAAUUUAGCUGGGGUGGAGUACUCUCCGGACCUAGAGGCAGCGAGAAGGAUGUCAAAGGACUACGUCGACGGGUGGAGCUGCUCGAUGCAUUGGUAAACACAGAGGGGGAAUAGAAAUAAAACAAAGUAAAAUAAAUAC